AAAACACCACAUUCAGCGAACUUCAUCAGACAAGAGCGAGGUCGACAAAGUCGAUAAACCAGCAAACGCCAUCCACUACGGCUUUCGAAGAAUUCGAACAAUUCCAUCGAUUUCCCACGCGCUGUUUAUUUGGGGUCCUCCAGGCAGCGGCCGCUACUCAUCGCUGAUCACUGCUUCAAAUCAAUUGCGAUGUGAACACUCAUUGAAGAAACUGACCAAGUUCGAAUUCAACACCGAUACCACGCUGCAAUUGAGAGGUCUGGGCUCAAAAUGCCCCGACAACUGCCUUGGAAGGUCGGCAUCGGCGCGGCAAAGCAAACGUCGUCAUCGCGUCCCAAAGCCACAGCGAGCCCUGCACCAUCUGCCAACCGCAGUCCUGCUCCGUCUCACCGCCCCACGCCAACGCGCAAGACACAGGGGACACCGGAUACGUCCAGGAAGGCGAGGCGCAGUUUAGGGCUUACUUCUGGUCGAUCACCAUCCACCUCUCCCCCGCCGGAGCCGCUCAAGGAGGAGCUCAUGAUCGAAGGGAUUGCUCAUGAUGAUCAGUAUCGCAUGGUAGAGGAUGAGUUCCUUGCUGUGGCAGGGGAUUUCACACGCCACCUGCACGCCGCCGAGUACCAGCGGCUCAAGGGGCUAGCCAAGUCGCAGAACGCCGAUACCAUCCAAAGCAUAUCGCGACCCGUUACUGGCGAGAUGACCGACCUCGUGAAACGUCGCCAUGCCGCUCUUGACAUAGCCUCCAAGCAGCGUAAGGGCAUCGCUAAGACAUUGGGCAAGCGGGCUGGCCGACAUGGGUCGGGCGAGGAAGAGUCGUCCCGGCGGCCGGCCACGUCGCUGCAGGGGUUGAUGGACAGUCCGAGGAAGCCAACCGUUCCACUGACCUCGCUAGCCGGCUCGCGGCCGGGCUCGAGCUACCGCGGUGUGGUAGAUGCCAGUCCGUCUCGACGCCGUCCGAGUGGGCAAGGACCGCGGACAACAGUGCGGAGCAGCAGCAUGGAUAUGUCCAAUCGGACAACCAGGGUGCCAUCCGUAAAGCUUGAGCAGGAAACUACAUCGGGCUCCGACGAAGACGAUGACCUCGACGGCCUACCCUCCUGGCCUCGGAAACAUGCUAGCGGUUUGCCGCACCAGGAGAGAGCCGGAAAACCCCCGACCCAACGUGCACCAGCCUCAGAACCACAGACAAGGGCAAAGCCUGAGGUUAUCGACGUGAGCAAUCCAUUUCUAAGAACCGGUACCGCACGGCUACAGACCCUGGCCCAGGAAACGUCUACAAGGGAGCCGGUUGCCGCCCCCAAGGAUGACGGCGAGGACGACGACUUUUUUGCGAGGUUGCGAGCCAGGAGGGCAGAACAACGACGGCGUCGCGAGACGAAAACUCAGGACAGCAACACUAGAUCCUCGGAAACCAACGCAGCAGCAAUCAACUCGAUUCCCUUCAUGUAACAACAGACACAACUGUACAUGGCACACAUAAGAAACCCAUCCCAAAUCAAACCAACCCCGACCAAUCAACCCUCAAACGGCGUCUCGAACGGCCUCUCGGCCUGCGGCGUGAUGCGCGCCAGGUGGCGGCGCUGCCCGUCGCUCCAGUCCACCAGCGCCGAGUGCUGCGUGACGCGAUUAUCCCACACCACCACCGUGCGCGGCUCCCACUUGACCCGCGCAUGGAAGUCGGCCCCGUACGCGAGGUGGUCGUACAGGAACUUGAGGAUCGCGUCCGACUCCUCCUUCUUCAGGCCCACGAUGUCGCGCGUGACUGGGCUUGUUAGUUUCAUGCCAUGGAGAGGGGGAGUGGGGGGUUCUUGAAAACAAGGGUGGGUGCUUCGAAGAGGAC